AGUCAACCUUUGCAUCAGCUGAUGAAACUGUAUCUCAACCGAAAGGAAGAAGCAGCAAAUUCUGCCCUCUUUGGGAGACCCUCUGUCCGAGAAUKCGACCUUGCCAGAUUUUGUACUGCAGAAGAUCAACUAUAUAUACACAUAUCUACCCAUGACAACACAAGAUGCCAGCCAAGCUCAGGGGAACAUGACAACUGAAAUGCCAGCUGGCCUUAAUGAAUCAUCUACUGAGCCAAUUAGAACUACACGGAUUGUCAGCCGUCAAACUCGGGAGAGCAUUUCAGACUCUUCACCAUUUGGGCAUAGUGUAUCUACACCAGGUCCAGAUCUGUCCACGCAAGACUUGAAGCAAGGAAUUGAAGUGAAACAAUCUAAUCUCACUUAUGUCGUGUAUGAGAUACUCCUGUCUGGUAUUUUUGAUACUUUUGUGGAAAAACAUAUCACUUUGGACAGCCCAGCUAACGUUGAGCUCUCAUGCAGCCUGGCCAGUAAAUAUCCUUAUUUGAAAAUUGUUCAAGUGACUUGGAAGAAGGGAAACGAAACCAUUAAGCACAUCAACAAGACUGAAAAUAGCUGGAGCAUCCAAUUGACAGUCACAAAUGAAGAUGAAUUGGGAAGUUACAGUUGUAUUCUUAAAGGUGAAAAAGAAUUCAAAGCUGUCUUCCAUUUACAAGUACCAAGCAUUGAAGGAAAAGGAAAAACAAUAAUCAGUUAUGAAGGAGACAAAGUCGUAAUGAUAUGUAAAAGUUCAAAUUAUACCCCCAUCGCUUGGAACUGGUACCUGGCCAAUGGAAGCGAACAGUUUGCCAUUAAUAAUUCUUUGCUGUCAGAUAAAUAUGUAAUUGAUCAAGUACCUAGCAACACAACCCAUCUCAAGAUACUGAAUCUCAUCAAGGAAGAUGAUGGCACCUACUGGUGUGAAGCUGUUUUUAACCUAGGAAAAAGCAGAGGAAAGCUGAAGCUUAAAGUUCUCACCUUCAUGGUGCCACUCAAACCAUUUCUAGCAAUACUGGCUGAAGUUGUUAUUUUGGUAGCCAUUAUUUUCCUUUAUGAGGUGUAUUCCAAAAAGAAGGAGAAGCGUGCAGAAGAUGAAAAAGAAUUUGAACAAGUGGAGCAACUUAAAUCAGAAGAAAGCAAUGGCAUGGAAAGCAGCAGCACUAGACACAGGAGAAUAUAGAUCCCUUCCUAAAAGAGGAGUUUUAAGGCAACAGAAGUGGAAUGCUGUGCUACCCAACAAAGCUACAGAAGAUAAAAAGCUACCAAAGCUACAGAAGAUGUAUGCAGCUAUGCAUUUUAAACAUCCACUGUGUCUACGUUAACCUCUCUACACUUACUUGUGAGAAAUAAGAUGCUUUUAAAAUGGCUGUGAAAAUAUUAAUUUUAUCCAGACAACUUUGUAUUCUGAUAUUCUGCAGUUAGACCUUUGCUGUUAGUAAGAUUGAUGUUAGGCCUUUUGCUAUUACAAGGCAAUCUUCAUGUAAGCUUGCCUGCAGUUAUUUUAUGACCGAUCUGUUUGAGUUUUUUGUGCCCUAAAUUGGGACUAAUUUUGCGUUCACUAAAUGGAUGGGUAAUGCAAAAUGGGCCAUUAUCUAGAAGUGAAUACUGAAAACUUGUUAUAAAGCAGAAUUCAUAGCAUCAAAAAAAUUGUUUCCACCAAAGAAAAUGCCUUUUUCUAGCAGAUGAGGCAAAUGUGAYACACAGCCAUUUUUACCAAAGAAUGGGUGAAAGGGAAAUCAUUAUCAUUAUUUAAAUGAAAGAUUAAAGUGUCAUAAUUUGCUGUGAAGAGCCAUAAAAUGACUUUAUUUGACUUUUUGCCUGCACUCAUUUAAAUCCAGAAAAAUAUAGGUAUAUUCUGAAUAUUUAAGAUAUAAAUGUCCUUAAAAUGCCUUUUCAAGUUGCUGUGCUACUGUGCUGUAAUUCUAAAUAGCCUAAGCAUUUCAACGCCACGCAGGUGAAGUACAACAGCAAUACUUCAGAACAGCUGAAAGCAAACAAGCAAAAAGGAGACAGUAUCAUAUCAAAAUAUGACUGAACUAAUUCCCAACUCUUGUACAAAAUACCCUCUAGUCUGCAAGUGCCAAAGGUGAGUAGAUUUAGGAUUUUAAUUUGUAUAGAAGACAGAAAUUUGGAAGUAURGCUCUGAUUCAUAUGCCUGCAACUUUUGGAUUAAUACACAGCUGGGUUUGAUCUGAUUUGUUCCCGUUUCCUGYGGCAUACUCUACUGUUCUUUAGCAAGUCCCCUCCAAACAGAGAAUGCCUUGAGCAGCUGAGAUUUUUAGGGUAUUAGGAUAAAUCAGCAGAGCAUUUGCUGUGU